UGCGAGGAAAGGAGGCGGAUAAAAUUAAGAACUCGUAGUCUUCAGUGACAUGGAGAAGAUGGCAGCCCAAGAAGUAUGUGGGCAGUGCGAAAGUUUCUAGCUCUCAGGCAGCGAACGAACAAGGGGGAUCCUAAUCCAAACAUGAACAACGAUCGAGGUGACAGGACUCUGGAUCUGCGCGAAAUGACUGAACUGCCGCGUCCUACUGAAUGCGAUCAACCGGACAAACGUUUGUUGGAAAGAGAGGAACCCCGUUAUUCUCGACCAUUCAAACCUGGCAUUGACGUGAAUUUGUAUGCUACCAAAAAGAGUGUUGCUCAAGGAAUGAUGGAUAUUGCGCUGUUAACAGCUAAUGCCUCUCAGCUCAAGUACAUACUGAGAGAAGGCGAAAACAGUCGAUUUUAUCUUGUAAAUGUCAUAUGUAUAGGCAUUUCCAUAGCUCUGCAGCUGGUCGUCGGAGUUCUUUUAAUCUUGAAUACCCGUUACAACAUCAAUUUGGUCAGCCAUCAAUCCAAAGCAGAGCUCAUCAAUAAUCUCACUAUCAUUGGUGUUUUUCUCAUCACUGUUUCAAAUGUCUUUGUGUCUGCUUUUGGGACGUCCCCCAGAUGAACAGAAGUUUUUAUCGCUUUUAUGUGUAAUAUGUGUUGAUGAGAAGAAAAUUGCUAUUCUGUACCAAAUAAUUUUUUUAUAUAUAAUUUUGUAUAUUUACUGCAAGCUAUCUUAAAUAAAACUGAUGGUAUCAUAUU